CGGAAUUAGGUUUUUAGACGGGAAAAUUUAUUUGUCACCAUAACAAAAUCCAGAGGCUCUGCUCUUGAGGUUGAUGAAUGUGUAAUGUUCUCAUAAGUCAUCGGAUCUCACUUCGUCCGGGAAGUUGCAUCUAUAUUGAUCUCAUCUGAAGCUCAAUUUAUUUCCUCUUCGGGAAAUUAAUCCUUUUGGUGGCUGUAAGGUUUAAUGGGCAUUGAAGGUGUGCCUACGUAUUCAAAAUCUGGAAAUAUGGACAUAAUUUCAACUCCGCCAGGUUUUGUAUCUCAAACAUCAUUUGUACUGAGGAAUGUACGUCGAGACAAAGAAAGUUCCAGGUCGGUGUCGACACAAGAGCAGACAACUGGAUUCGGCACAGAUGGUGAAGAUAGUUGCAAUAUGUUUCUUACAAACCGACCGUGGAUAGUGCAUGGUCACACAAUUCCCAGCUCAGAGGCCUUAAGGCCGAGAAAAACUGAGGUACGGAGAAGGCGGCCCCUCAAAGUGUCUGAGACCGAAGUCCUUGAGGAAGCUCCUGUGUUCAACCCAACCGAAGAGGAAUUCAGUGACACACUUUCAUAUAUAUCAAGCUUGCGUGACAGAGCUGAGCCGUAUGGAAUCUGUUGUGUUGUUCCUCCACCUUCAUGGAAACCUCCAUGUCUUCUCAAGGAGAAAAAAAUAUGGGAGGCUUCUACAUUUUUCCCUCAAGUUCAGCUCUUUGGAAGUCAUACCGAGAACCCAAAUAUUAAAAAGGAGGCUGAUGCGGAUAGUGAUGAUGCUGCACCUGAGGAAGUUCAGUUUUGUAGAAUAGAACGUGGUCCUGGGUAUACUUUGGAGACCUUUAAAGUCUUUGCAGAUUCAUACAAGAAGAGACAUUUUAGCAUGAAGGAUGAGGUUCUGGGUUCAGAGAACUCAUCUACAUCACUUAAACCAGAGGAGCUUACUGUGGCAGAAAUUGAAAAAGAGUAUAGACAACUUGUUGAGAGUCCACUUGUUGAAAUUGGGGUGCUUUAUGGCAAUGAUCUAGACACCACAACGUUUGGAAGUGGAUUUCCCUUAUCUGCACCAUCUGAGUCUUGCAAGUACCCAUCAGGUUGGAAUCUGAACAGUACGGCUAAGCUUCCUGGUUCUCUUCUAUCAUUAGAAGACUGUGAAUCUAUUUGUGUUCCUCGCCUAAGUGUAGGAAUGUGCUUGUCUUCCCAGUUCUGGAAAUCUGAGAAGGAGAGACUCUACACUCUCUGCUAUUUGCAUGUGGGCGGCGCUCCUAGAGUGUGGUAUUCUGUAGCGGGAUGUCAUCGUUCAAAGUUUACGGCUGCCAUGAAGAGCUUAAUCCCUGAGAUGUCAGGAGAACAGCCAAAGAAGAAGAGUUAUGAUCCUGUGAUGAUAAUGUCUCCAUAUCAAUUGAGCAUGGAGGGUAUACCAGUGACCCGCUGUGUCCAGAACCCUGGCCAGUAUGUUAUUAUAUUUCCAGGGUCGUAUUACUCUGCCUUUGACUGUGGCUUCAACUGUUUGGAGAAAGCAAAUUUUGCUCCCCUAGAUUGGUUGCCGCAUGGGGAUAUUGCUGUUCAGCUGAAUCAAGAGAAGAGUAAAAAAUCGCUAAUAUCGUAUGAUAAGCUAUUAUUAAGUGCUGCAAGGGAAGCUGUGAAAUGUCUUAAGGAAUAUGCUUUGUCCAAGAAAAACACAGCAUGUUACACGAGAUGGAAUGAUUCUUGUGGGACAGAUGGGUUAUUCUCCAACAUAGUCAAGUCGCGGAUCAAGCAGGAGAAAAACAGACGUGAAUUUCUUAGCAAUACACUAGAAUCGCAAAGGAUGGACAAGAGUUAUGAUGCUGUGAGCAAAAGAGAAUGCUGUGUAUGUCUUGGGGAUUUGUAUCUUUCCGCUGUUAAAUGUUCAUGCUCAGCUGAUCGUUACUCGUGUCUGAGCCACAUGAGGAAGCUCUGUGCCUGUCCGAGUGACAGAAAGAGUUUUCUCUAUAGGUACACUAUCGAAGAGUUGAAUCUUCUCGUAGAAGCGUUGGAAGGUAAAAAGCUCAGCUCUAUGUUCAGAUGGGCAGGCAUAGAACAAAAAUACUGUGCUUCUCCAGCCACCACAAGUUCACAACCCGAAGAAGACAAAGGCAAGGAAACAGAUGAGGUUACACCAUGUAACAUCACGAGGAAAGAUGUCGCAGCUGGAACUAAGGAGCAGAUGAGAGUGAAGGCGAGAUCUAUGGCCGAGAUACUGAAUGUUAAAGAUGGAAACACUGAUGCAAAGGAGACUUUGAAAUCUUGUUCUAAGAAAUCAAACAGGCCAUGCGAUAACGAUUCCUCUGAGGCCAACACGCCAAAGAAACAGAAGCAGUGAUCAAUCAUGAAGGAACGUUUUUUCUUUUCUUAAUGUAGUUUAGACUGUUUAAAGUCAUAAUUUGCAAGACAAU